GGUGGCAAUUGACAGUUGAAUUGAAUUCAGUUGAACGGAAAAAUGGUGGUUGAAAUCAUCUGCUAGUCGUCAAAGUAGGAGACAUUGAUUCAGUACAUUCCAAAGGGAAAUGUUAUCGCAUAAAAUUUGCCGGUUCGCUUUGUUGUCGCGCAAUUUGAGGGUCGCUAUUAUCUCAGCGCGCAAUAUAGUCACGAAGGAUGCAUCCACCUCAGCCAAUACUUCUACAGUUGACGUCAAGGAUGUGGCGAACUAUAAUAAAAUGGCACAAAAUUGGUGGGAUCUGGAUGGAUUCAUGAAGCCUUUGCACUCUCUGAAUACUCUGCGAGUCCCAUUCAUCCGCGAUGGAAUACUAGCAACCCGAGAAGUAUCUGCGGAUAAAAUAGAAACCAGUCGAGUUCUGGAAGGUAUCAACAUCCUAGAAGUUGGCUGUGGUGGUGGAUUCCUCACUGAGAACUUGGCACGUCUGCAUGCCAACGUUACAGGAAUUGAUGCCGGAAAAGACGUAAUUCGGGCGGCAGAACGACACGUUUGCCAGCAGAGUCCAGACCUCUUGAACAGGAUUCAGUAUAAGGCUGACACCAUUGAGAACUUCGCCAAGGACAAUUUAGAACGUUACGAUGCUGUUGUAUUGUCGGAAGUUGUGGAACAUGUAGAGAAUGUUCCAAAGUUUAUUUCAUCGGCGGUGGACACACUCAAGCCCGGUGGAUCUAUCUUCAUCACUACCCCGAAUAGGACGAUUCCUAUGCUUGUAACGGGCAUCAUUUUGGCUGAAAAUGUUUUUAGGAUAGUUCCUCAGGGAACUCAUCAAUGGAAUAAGUUCAUUACUCCGCUGGAGAUGCAACGGAUUCUGGAGAGCUUGAAUUGUACAACGGUUCUUCUGAACGGAUUCUUCUACGAAUUUUGGCGAAAUACGUGGCGCUGGGUGCCAGUGAAUGAUUUCUGCUAUGCACUACAGGCUGUAAAGCGAACAGACGAUUCACCGGAGAAAGUUUGAUCACGUACGAGUUUGGGAGUGAAUGGGACGUAACAUAUUUCCAAAUUUUCGAAAAUACUAUUUUAUUAUUUCUCCAUUCGGGACGUUUCGAAUUACUCUGGAAUUUCAUUUGAGUAAGAGUCUAGAUUGGGCGGAAAAAUGGAGUAAUGUUUUCAGAUUUAUUUUUUCGAAAUAAAAGAGAUAGUGCGAAGUCUCUUAUCAAGUCAAGAUAACGUAAAUUAAGGGGUGAUAUCGACCUUGGAACGUUUUGUGAAUUAUCUUUGUAAAAUAUGGGGUAAUAAAGAAAUUUUGGGAUAAA